ACCGUUUUCUUUAGUUGCGGUGAAAACCGCUCGAUCGAUAGGCGGGCGCAGCGCUGUAGGCGUCGUGGGCUCCCACCCUCCGGGCACCGAACACCACUCGCUUUCUCCUCUCCACUCCGCCACCGCCACUCCGUCACUCCGGCACUCCGGCGACUUCCCGCGCCGUGCACACACGCGACGAUGCGCGGCGAUCGCGCCGCUCGUGACACGCGGCACAACAAAGAUCACGAUAACUUAAAGUCAUCACUUAAAAAGGGCAAUAAAUCAAAAAAGCACCGGGUUGUCUUCGACGAGAGUGCUAAUGAAUUUUUUGAGGCCGAUUAUAUUAUUGUAGUCCGAGAUGAAUGCGGGUAUUCCGAUGAGGGGGAAAGCGAGGAAUGUUCGGGUUGCGGGGCUUGCGAGCGCUUCCAGGAGCCGGAGCCUGGGGCGCUCAGCCCGCCCGAAGGGUACAAAGAUAUGGGGCUUUUUAAUAGAGACGGGACUCUGCGGGAACAGGCUUGGUGGGAAGCGGGAGAUGUUGUUUUGGUUGGCGAGAGAUCCGGCACGGUGUUCACUCCUCAACACCUGCAACUUCUCCGUCGCUUGCAAAGAGAGAGGAUGCUGCGGUCGGCGGUGUGCGCUGACUGCGACGCUCAUACGACCGUUCAUCAGCCUCUCGGUAUGGAAUAUACGUACGAGGAGGAAGAAAGCAGUGACGCGGACCGCGAACUCCGGCCCUUGGCCCGGCGAACCGGCAAGCACAUUGCAGCCGGCGAAGAACGACCAAGGAUCAAUUCUAGUCAACAAACCACACCAAUCGACGAUUGUCCCCCAGAUAUAUGCAUCGAGGAGAUCAGAGCCGAGUUGCCGACGGCGCCACUAACGAGUGAAGAGAGCGACACAGGUGACACGGAAGGUCGAAUAUCCUCAGAGAGUUCGCCUUUACGACAACGACGUGCCGGCAUCCUGAAGGGCGGCAGAUUGUGGAAAUCUUUGGACAACGAUAAAGAUAGUAGUGAACAGAAUGAUGACCAACGGUCAACAACAGCUAGCGACGAAGACGGCUCCGUCACACCAAGGUCGGUGCGAUUUGUGGAACGAGCCAAGGAACAAGAGGACGAAGACAAACAGAAGACCGCAACGGAACAAACGCAAACAAUGGACGAGACGACGCAGAAGGACAACACGACCGCCGCACACCGAUUGGAAACGCCCUUGAUACUCACGUUAAACGCGCCGAAGAGUAAUUCGGCGGUCCAACAGCUGUUUAACAGCAACCGGCCGCCGCCGCCGGCCAUUGAGCCGCAAUUAAUCACCUCGGAAACUUUACGUGCAUGGGAUGCCGGAGUCAGGCCAAAAAGCGAAGAAACUGCGGUGAGGCGGGUCGCGGAACGGAACGCUCUUAGGUGUUCUCUACUUCGAAGCGAAGCAAGGAAGAAACAACAACCAAAGCAAGAAGGAGCGUCGCUAGCUGAGCGAAUACGCUUGCUAACGUGUGACGUAGAGGACGAGCCCGAGGAGCGGUCGUCGCCCGCUGGCUCGAGCGUGGACAAGUUCUCGAAUAGCGAUAAGUCGAGCGACAAGUCGUUCAACGGAGUCGACAAGAGUAACGAGAAGGCGUUCGGCAGCGGGUCGUCGAGCUCGUCGUCGUCGACGUUGUCGGCGCCGGUGCCGACGCGACGUCCCGAUUUGGGGGAUGUACAUCAAGAGCCGCAUAAGCCGCGGCCAGAGCCCCGUCGCCAGUUCCUCUCAACACUAGCGCCUCUCACAGCGUGUGUGGGCAACGCUCACCACGAGGGCUUCUACUACGUACCUCCUGGGAACACAACAUCCAACACUGAACUGGACAUACAUGAGACUAAUGACGCCCCAGCUCCCGACGUGGUCGCUGGGACACCAGGUGCUACAGACGAUGAUAGUUUAGCAGCGUUUGCGCGGGCAUCGGCGCCGCGGACCGAAAGGCUGCGGCAGCGGUACGGGCAAGAGUCGCAGCCUGUUAGUAGUGACGAUGAACAUGAUGACUAUGGUUUCCACCGGCGGCCAGCAGUCCGCGGUAUAGCGGUGAAGCAACAGCUGGGAGCCUCUGACGACAUGCUGCAGCAGAUGCAGAACGAACUGCAGCCCACGCCCAGUUCGACGCCCAUGCAGAUGCCGUCGCACGCUUGCCAGCGGACCACUAGCGCGAACUACGCGUGGCCGUACUACUCGGAGGCGAACUUGAACUCGCGGCCGCAGAGCAGAGCCAGUGUUAAUACUAAUUGGUCUACGAAAUCUUCAGAUUACGUCACAGGUCGACAAUGCAGCACUACGCCGGUGCCCCAACAACACACGGACGCAUGUUACGCACACGCUCAAAACAUGGCCACGUACACACACUAUCAACAACAUCGGCAACAACAGCAACAGGAAAAUAUGUACAGAAAUUGUUCUCUCUACGCAAACAUUGGUUGUUCGGACAGCAGCCAAGAGCUGUACAGUUCGCAAACGAGCUCCGAACAAACGUCACCAGUGCGGUCCCGGUGCAGGCGGCCGGAGUCACCGCCGCCGAUCCGCAGCCACCAUCAGCUGCUGUACGUGCCGUACAGCUCGCACUACCACUACCAGCACGAGUACAACCAGCACUGGACGGGGAAUGACUACGGUCGCAUGCAGCAGCCAUACUACCAACAGCAGAGUCGAAGCGGGGCCAGCACGCCGCAGCCCGCGGCGCCGCAGCCGCAACGCGCUCAUUAUACACACCCCUUACAAUUACAAACUCUCUGCCCAGCGCCCGCUAGAUACCGGACAGUGCCCGCGCCGCAGCCUGGCGGUGGAAAACAAAUGAUCUGCUAUUCUGAGAAGGUGCCGCCGCCGCUGUACCAGCCGGCGCCGGGGUCCCCGUCCCGCGCGCGCACCGCCCCGGAGGGCGCGCCAUCGGUAAAUGCCCCCAGUGCUACUUCGCCAAUGGCCGUACCACCAAACCCUAUAUAUUAUGCCAUGAAUGUCUGAUAGGAAUAGAUAACUGGGUCGAAUCUGAAUCUCAGGAACUAAACCAGAAGCUUCAAGCUGAAGAACAAGUCAAGAAGAACCUCAUAUAAUUGUUUCUACAACGCCUAAGCUUGUAAUAAUUUUAUCUACACAAAAUUGCAAAAAACAGGCCAAGGAAGACUUAUAUUAUAUUUAUAUAGGACUUGACUAGAAACUAUUUUACUCUGAAAUGUAAAGAAUUACUGCAACCGGAUGAGUGAUAACAAACUUAAAAUACUCCCUGAAAUUUUUUAAAUGUCGUCUGUUAGCUACUCUAAGAAAUUAUUGUCUCAAUAUAUUUAGCUUCUGAUAAAACAUUGUCAUGACGAAUAUCUGUUGGAUUAUUGAGGCUCUUUCCCCACUAAGGAAUAUUUAAUUAAUGUCGUGAUCAAAUGUCCCAUAUUUUAUAGCCAAAGAUAAUUAUGUAGUCUAUACUAAAUGAUAAAUAUUUUUUGUAAAUAUUUAUCAUCUUUGUCGGUUCUUCCAAUUAUAGAUGUUAGCGUUGUAGAGUUGUCACAAUAAAUAAAUAAAUAUAUUGCCUCGAUAAAAACGUUCGAGCGUUUGAAUCUUGGCCAGAACCAUUUCUUUAACUUAAAUUUUCAAUUCAGGCGCGGUUCAAGUUUUUCCCGGUAAUGUUAAGAAAAAAUAUAAGAGUGUAUUAUUUGUUAACAAGCAUUUUCAAGCAUAAAAUGGCAACUGUGGAGUAAAUAGAUAAUUAAAACUAUUUUAAAAGCCGAAAUAACGUUUGGGGCGGUAUUUAAAGAUGAUAUUUGAUCAGUAUUAUUGUCAAAGUACUGUAAAUUCGUUUUCCUACCUUUUGUGUUAAUAUAUUAUUAUAAUUUGUAUGUGUUUAAGAUAAAAUAUGCACAUUUACCAGUGUUCUAGUCCCAUAUUACAAGGUUUACUAGUUUACAAACUUGAUGGGCGAUGGCUUUAUAUCUAAUAUCUGGGAGCUUAAUGUUUAUUAUUUAAUUUAUUUGUUAUUAUUUUGUUUAUGUUACAAAAUGAAUGUUUCUAAGCACCAGUGGUAAACGCGUGGGCGUAGAAUAGACAGGGCAUGGGUUCGUUUUCUGCAAGAGGUUAAAAAUGUCUCGAUCAGAUUAUUGAUCUGUUACAUAGUCGUGAAAUGCCUGUGAUUUUAAAAAACAAAUAGGGACUUCAAUUAUACUGGUUUUGUCACAGGAAAAAACAAAUAUAUCUGAAUAUUUUUUCUCACUCGCGCUUAUUAAAAAUCUUCCAUAACCAAUUCAUUUCUAUACCUCGUUGCCCUUCCGUUAAUAGAGCUAUAAUCAGGCCUAUAUAGAUAAUAUCUAUCUAUUGUUAAUUAAUAUUAAUAUUGUAUUAAUUAAUUAAAUAUUAAUAUUAAUUAUAAAAUUAUAUUAGUAUUAUAAAUAUCGUUUAGUACUUAAGUUUAUUGUGAUCAGCUCAUUAAUUCAUGGAGCCAAAUAUUUUAUACCAAAUGUAUAGUGCCAAAGUAUUCAUAGUUCGUGCUUCAAACGGCCUAGAACAAAUUAGAAAAUUAUUUUAAUUAAAUAUUAAAUACAUUAAAAGGGAAAACGCACAUAGUGAAUUAUCGGUCAAUUGGUUUUCGGUUAUAACAGUGGUAUAGACUGAAUUGUUUGAUAUUCUAGUUAUGAUAAGUAAAAGUGUUCCAAUCAAUUAGUCGGAAUAGAUAGAAAUACUACGUAAGUCGGACUUUUCGGAAAUAUUAUUUUUUCAGAUAAAAGUAAUAUUAUUUGUAUUACUUAUUUUCAAUAUUGGUUUCUAAUAUCUAUGUUUUUAAAUGUUUGGUCUAAUUUAUUACUUGAUUAAUGAAUAAUAAAAAUGAUAGUCUGUAAUGAAAAAUGAUUUUGUUUUGGAGCCUGUGCAAAAUGCGAAGUUGUGUUUUUAUAAUCUUUAGCGCCAAUCACAAUGCCAUGCAAAAGUUGUAAAGAUUCCUAGUAUUAAUAAUUCGGCUGAUAAUAAUUUCUACAAAAUUUAAGUAAACAUAUUCUCGUGAUCAUAAUUAUUAGCAACGCAUUAUUACAGAAAACUCUUACUUCAAAUAAAUUGGGCUGAUCAAAAAUACAUAUUAUAAGUAAGUAAUUCAAAAUGUGAUUUUAUUAUUCGCACAAUAAUUAUUAUCAUUUAAAUUGAGGCUCACAGUCUUUAAAAUACUAAAUACUAUUUAUUAUCGCCUAUGGCUCAAAGAAUAUUAAAUUUACUUUACGAUAUCUAUUCAUAUCCGCAAAUCUAAUAAUAAAAUUAUAUUAUUAUAUGUAUAUCGUAAAUUUAAAAAAUGUUACGUGUUAGAAAAAUAAAAUUGGUCAAUGUGAUUUAUGCUGUAUCUAAAAUCUAAAAAAAUGUUUUAAAUUUUAUAGCCAGAGGCAAUAUCAAAAUUUUAAAUUUAUCGUUACUGUAACGAAUUUUCAGAUUUCUUCCUCUAUUUAUUAGAUUAUUUUCAAACAUAUUAGACAAUGUAUAGAUCAUCUUACACGAGGGACUGACAGAGGUUUUUUUAAAAGCUGUUCAUUUUUUGCCCGUGAAAUUGUGCAUCGAAGCAUUUUCAGUGUGCAACUACACUAAGAAUAUAGGAUACCUAUAGGCCAAUUCUGCAAAAUGAAAACUGGAAAUGAAAAGCGAGUUUUUCAGCUAUGUUAUAUACUCUAGUCCAGAAAUGUUAGUAUAUGACUAUAUAUAUUAUAUUAGCCUGUUAUGUAUGUUACCAACAUGCAUAGUGAAUUCCAUAGUUUUUAGUCAAAAUACGCAUGUUACGUUUUCAUAAAUGUGCAAUUAAGCGGUUAGAUAUUUUAUUUUGUAAAUGCUGUAAAUAUUUAGAAAAGGUCUGUAAAUAAACGAAUAGAGGACAGGUUAACAUACGUAUUUGUAAUCGAUAAUGUAUUUUGUGCGUCGAUAGAAACCAAAUAUUAGAAUAAGGGGUGUACGUGUAAUGGAACAGUAUUAGUAAGGGUAAAUAAGGGAUUUUAACGUGUGUAGUUACGUACAUGCCGUAGCUACUAGGAAAGGCGUCCGUCCAUCUGUUCGUUCUUCAACACGGCUUCUUCCCAGCACUUGAAUCUCGAUGUUUGAUAAGACUGAGCUUGUUGAAUUGAAGCCUGUAGCUACGGUAAUGCUCGACUUGUAAGCAAAAAGCGCCACGAUGCGGACUAUCUAGGUACUAACGGACAGAAAAUUAAAAAGAAAUACAGUUGUGGCGCUAAUUUUUUAAAUAAAUAUCCUCUUAAGUUUUGAGGUCUCCUAACCAAAUUUAUUUCUGUACUGUUGAUUUUUAGUUUUUGUUAAAAUUUUGUUAACAUGUAACGGGUUUUUCAUACAGUAAUUGUAAGUAUUUGUUGUUAUAUAUUGUAUCAUAACGUCGCUAUAACACACGUGUGUACAUUAAAAAAAUAUGGUUAAUAAAUUAAAAGUAAAACGUUAUGAAACAUUAUGCCAUAACAAUAAAAGUAUUAUUCUCUUUUUUAGUAUGUACCUAUAUCGUAUGAUUUAAAUAUCUAAUUCAUUAUAAACUUGUGAUAUUGUUUUGCUGCGUGGCAGUUUUAGUUAAUAAUAUCUUUAUAAUUUUAAAUAAAAUAAUAUUUAAUAGAAAUACCUAUGUAAAUUGUUUCCAGUAUACUAGUGUCAUAUUUUCAACACAAUCCGUUGAAUCGUUGUUAUAUUUUAGUUCAAAUAAAUCGUAUCAAUGUUAAACAUACAUUGCAAUGAUAUAUCAUAUAUUGUAUUAGUAAGAUGUAUGCGCUGUUGAGAUGUUUACAGCUAUCGAAGUUGUUAAUAUUAAUAAUACGGUAAUAGAAUUUCUAUAAAUGUGGAAUAUAUGAGCAUUAAAGUUUCAGACCAAAACCAAAUAAUACACACUUCGGUAAGUAUACACCAUAGAAAUCUAAAUAACAAGACACUAGAAGUCGUAAGCGCGCGUGACAUUGUCGCCGCUCAGGUGGUAACCAUACCACAAGUGCGUUCGUCGCUGUUCAGUUGCUCUAGAGACGUGCGUGUGUAAACAUGGUGUGUUUCAGCAUUUCCCAUUGCGGAAAUACUUCCACAAGUUGUAAUUAUACUAACAAACGAAAUAACAUUUCAUCGGUAAAUAUUUUUUUUUAGAAAUAAUGCCGAAACACAGCCGACCAUUCUUAUUAUCACGUUUAACACAAAUUUCAACCUGAUUUCUAUGAGUUUAUGUUCAAAGUUAUAUCUAUUGAAAAUUGACAAUCUCUGUUGUAGAAAAGCCGAAAGAAACAAAACGUCUCAUAUACUUAGGGGUGUUAUUCUAAAAUAAACCGUAAAUUCGUGCGUUAGGAUACAUAUUCAAAAGCUUAAUUUAAUAUUUAUGUUAGUUUUCACUAAGUUCAAGCUGUCCAAUAAAAGGCAUAGUUUACUUGUGUGUACUGUUUAGCUAUCGGUUUAAAUGUGUUGAUUUUGGCGACAGCGGUUUUCAUACGAAUUAUGGUGUCCCUUCGUCCAGCAUACUCACCAUGGAAUCCUGAUAUUUCAUGAAUGUCAAAAAACUGUUCUGAAAUAGUGCUAAAUAGUGCCCAAAGGAAAAAAAUAGUGCUCUUGUACUUGCGAAGUUAUAGCCAUAGUUCGAUGAGUAUGCUGGACGAAGGUUUCGCCCAGCAUACUCACCUCCGUCCGGAGAAUCUGUAUACGCUUCAAACAUAA